GUGAUGCAGUACCUCCUUAUCAGCAGCAGGUGGCAGCAGCCUGCUAGCUAAACGCCACAACCCCAUCAGGAAAAUAUAAAGACGAAGAAGACUUUACAUCAACAACAGUGCAGGACUAGCAGAGCAGAUACAUCUUACUGGCCGAUUUCAGCAGUGCAGCAGAGACAAAACUGUCAAAAUGGACACGAGAGCCUGGAGGAAUCCAUAUCACGACUAUGAUGGGAACCCAGCCUCAACACAGGCGUUGUUUGACUGCCAGGGAAAGCUCACAGCAGAGUUUGCCCAGAGGCUGAGCAGCAAGAUCAGUGAGCUGCUGGCUGUGAUGGAGAACGGGCUGAAGUCUGCAGACCCGAGAGAUUGCACCAUUUACACCGGCUGGGCAGGUAUCGCUCUGCUUUAUCUGCACCUCCACAACGUGUUCAGGGACACGUCCUUACUGCAGAGAGCUCUGGAAUAUGUGAGCCGCAGUCUGAAGUGUUUGACCCGGCGUCAUGAUGUCACCUUCCUGUGCGGGGAUGCAGGGCCGCUGGCUAUCGCUGCGGUGGUCUACCAUCGCCUGCAGCGGGUGCAGGAGACCGACGAGUGCAUCAACAGACUGCUGCAGUUCCACCAGAACGUGGUGAAAGGUGUGGGCGGUCUGCCCGACGAGCUGCUCUACGGGCGGAUGGGGUACCUGUACUCCCUCGUCUUCAUCAACCAGCAGAUGGGGCAGGACAGGAUCCCGCUGCAGUACAUCCAGCAGAUCAGUGAGUCGGUGCUGGUGUCUGGCGAGCACCUCAGCAGGAAGUUCCGGGUGCAGAACCACAGCCCUCUGAUGUUCGAGUGGUACCAGGAGCAGUACGUCGGCGCCGCCCACGGCCUAUCGGGCAUCUACUACUACCUCAUGCAGCCGGGAUUCGUCUGCGUGGAGGAGUACGUCCACAGGCUGGUGAAGCCCAGCGUGGACCACGUGUGUCGCCUCAAGUUCCCCACAGGGAACUACCCCCCCUGCAUCGGGGACGACCGGGAUCUGCUGGUGCACUGGUGCCACGGGGCCCCAGGGGUGGUGUACAUGCUGCUGCAGGCAUACAGGGCCUUCGGGGUGCCGCAGUACCUGGAGGACGCGCUGCAGUGCGGGGAGGUGGUGUGGCACUGCGGCCUGCUGAAGAAGGGCUACGGCCUGUGUCACGGAGCGGCGGGGAACGCCUACACCUUCCUCGCCCUCUACCGGCUAACACAGGACCCCAAGCACCUCUAUAGAGCCUGCAUGUUUGCUGACUGGUGCAUGAACUAUGGCAAACAUGGAUGCCGGACGCCUGACACUCCCUUCUCCCUUUUCGAAGGCAUGGCUGGCACCAUCUACUUCUUGGCCGACAUCCUGCAGCCAAUGAAAGCGAGGUUCCCCUCCUUCGAGGUGUAGACGUGUUCCCACAGCUGUCGCUCUGUAGUCACUUCCUGAAGCUCCCUGAUCUUAAUGUGGUGUACGCAGCAGCAAGGAACGGCCAGAAGGGGGCGGCAGCGAGCCUGCAAUGUGAGAUUAUGUGGAGAUUAACCUCUAUCUGGAAUAUAAAGUACAUUCACCUCAGCCAGCUUUUCACAUGUUAUGUUUAUCGGGUUAAUUUUCCAUAUUCAGGCAGCUGAGAUUAAAAGUGAAUAUAUAUGUAUGAAGACAACCAGAAAAUCAAACUACAUCCGACUAAAUGAGGAAUUAAAAACGGUUACAUGGAGAUUUUGAUGAUCAAUAACUGAUACCUCCAUAAAGGCCAACAAUGCAUUCAUUCUCGUUUUUCUUUAAGUUGUGACGUUAAAAACAACAUCAAGGUUCUCUCUAAAUAUGUGUUUCAUUUUUAUUUAUCUGAGCGUUCAAACGGUAUGUUGAUAUGUUUCCGAGUUCUGACAAGUGGGGGGUGGUCUUUUCACAGUCCGGGACCCCUUCUUUCCGGUUAUUCCACAUUGUAAAUACAGCACGGAUGCCCUUUCUUGCAAUGUUGACGCAAAUUAAUGUGUGCAUCCAAGCCGUGUUUCAGAUCUACAUUUUUAUGAUUUCUUCCUUUGCCUAUGUUACACCUUUUCCCACCAAGCUAUAUGAAAUUUGACAAGAAAUCGAGCAGAAAACACUACCUCAUAAUGCUUUCAAAGUUAAUAAACAAUGCUUUUUAGUUCAUUUAAUACAUUUCAAAGAAACACUGCCCAUUAUGUUGUCGGUCUUGUCUUCAUUAUGUAAAAACGUUGUCUUUUAAAGCCUGACAUAAAACAGAGCUUCACAUUUGACCUCUCUCACAUUGUAUCGCUCGGUUUUAAGGCUCUCAUAAGAACCCCAUAUCAGCGGCGGGGGUCUCCAAUCCUCUGUCCCUCUCUCUGGGUUACUUGGCUCAACGGGUCGCCUCUCUUUUCCAAAUAAGGCUCACGUAACACUCCUGAAAACCAAGCGACGACACAAUGCCACCGCUCUUUUUUAAGCCCGUGCUUCUUUAUGACCUGACGCCAGCUGGGGCCUCGCAGGGGAAAGAGGAGGGGUCUGCUGCGCGGGGCGGUUACUAUACCGGAGGGUCUCGAGGAGCGUUCAUUUUCUCUGCCCCCAACUCCACAGAGCCGGAGUAGGAGGAACCGGACACCUCCGGGGGGUAAAAAUAGAUCUCAUCUGUCCAGGGGAGUGGUCUUUCACUCUGGGUCACUCACACCAAUCCUCUUUCCUUCUUACACAACGGGAUACACAGCAUUAGUGAAUCACCCAACCCCCGUGCACGCUGCCUCUGUGUGUCUGCACCCCCCCCCUCAGCUGUGUCUUUAAAACUAACUUUUAAUCACACCCCCAGUCUUUUUCGUUUGUUUUGAACGUGGUAUAACCUCUUGGCUGUUAAUGUGUGUCCAUGUUCUUGUCUUAACUUGCUCUGUUAUCGCUGCAUUUCACGAUCUAAAUAAAUAAAUAACCACA